GAUUCGAAAUAAGCAUUAUCCACUCAUGUAUAUAUAUAUAAGUGCACGCCUGCUUAAUUCUGUGUAAUCCAUCACUUUGACAUCAGCAUGCAUAUGAAGUGGAACAUGUUUUGGAGUUUGACGGUCCUUAUCUUCAUAGUGCUUCCUCUUGCCAAAGGACAAAAAGGAAAACUAUGUGGAGAUGUGGUGUUUGUACUACAAACAUCGUGCAACUUGAAAGGCAGAAUAAUAGAUGGCAUGCAAUCAAUCAUGAGUGGUAUUGCCAUGAAAUUGACAGAUCAUCAAAACACAACCAUGUCUCUUAUAACAUACAGUGAUAAUGCUGCAGAGGUAAUUGCUCCGAGAACUCCUGCAAAAUUUCAGAAGACAUUGUCAAAUGAUGGUAUAAAAAGGGGUGAUAAUUGUCCAAAUAAUACGAAGGCAAUAACAGCAAAAGCGCUUCGUCUCGUCGACAUUCAAACUAGCGACAGGGCUAAAGUAGUCGUUAUUCUCAAUGAUGGUAUAUCCUUUGAUUUGAAAUCAAAUAUGGACGAUACUUUGGAGCAAACAAAAGCAGAAAUCAAAAGAUUAAAUGACAAUGGUGUAAUGUUCGCAACAUACCCAUUAUAUGACUUCAUUAGGGCAGAUAACGAUGACAAAGAUCUCCAAUUAGAAUAUGAGUUUUACAACCAAAUACUCCAGAUGGAUCCAACGACUGAUAAUAGUGAUCGAUUUAUCAAUGCAUUAUUCAAUAUGGAAGGGUUCCUUUGCCCAGCGCCUGAUGCGCCGCUAACAACCACGCCGAAGCCCUGCGUUCCGAGAUUGGAUCUGAUGUAUUUAAUUGAUCGAUCCAAAUCCAUCGCUCCAAAGAAUAUCGAAAAAGUGAAACAAUUCUUGAUAGCUCUUAGCAAAAAGAUAAUUGGAGAUUCCCCAGAAACAUGGAUCGGUGCCAUUUCUUACAGCCACGCAAAUUUCAUCAAAACUGAACUGGAUAUAGCAAGGCAUAAUUCAUGGGAGGACAUAGAAAAAGCAUUGAGAAACAUGCCAACCACUACUCGUAAAGGGACCUACACUGAUGAAGCUUUGGCGAAAGCUCGGAGGGAAUUGGAGAAACUUGACGACAAUGACAAUACGAGAAAGCAAAUUCCAAACUUGAUUAUACUAAUAACUGAUGGGGUGACUAACAAAUAUGAAUAUUUAAGCACGGAUCCAAAGGACCAAACUAAAUAUACAACGUUCACAACAAAUCAAGCUAAACUACUUGCACCACGUGAAAGAAUUAAGUUGGGACCUACCUCAGGUACAGAUUUGAUGAUAGUAGGAUUACCUAAUAUACCGGGCAAGGAAAUGCUGCAAAGCACAAAUGAGAAAAAGAGGGAGCUAGGCCAAGCAAAACUAGAUGCCGGCCGGUGUAAAAGAAUGGCAGGACUCCAUCAAAGCAAGGUAUGGUGAUGGGACAGAUAAGUUGGAUACCAAUUUAUUCACUUUAGACACAAUGGAGGGGAUGACGGAGAGAUUUGAUGAAAUCUUGGCAUCAGUGUGCAGCAGCAGCAAUACAGUCUAAUAGCUUGUAUAUUAUGUGAUAAUAAAAUAGACAGCAUGCCUCAAAUCUGUUUUAAUACGAACAUACAUACA